AUGUAAGAAAAAGUAUCCUAAGAUUUAUUUUAAAGAUCAGCAUAACAUAAAAAAUAAUUUAUGAUUUAGAGGUUUUGCUCGGAAAUGUUUAAAUAGAGAUUAGUAACAGCAUUAACCUUGUGGAAAAUGUACUUAAAAAAAUUAACUUGUAUCUGUUAUCAUACAUGAAAUAGGUCUAAUUUAAUAACAAGUAAUCAUCCUUACAAGACUUCAUGAGUUAAAAUAGGGUGGUCAUUCAAAGGGAAGAUUUGAUGCUUUAAACUAACAGCAAAUAAUAUGAGGAAAGAGUACGUGGAAUCUUAGAAUUUUGUAGUGACUGAUCAUUAGACAGCAUUGAAUAUUUUAGAAAGAGCAUUGGCCAUUAUAUAAAAGUUCAUUUCAAGAGAAUAGGAUAUUAAUUUGAGAGUAAUUAUUGUUGAAUGUACUUAGGACCCAGCUUAAAGAGAUUCUUAAGAACUUUCACAAUGCUUGAAUAAGAGGUAUGAAAAUUAUCUUUAGGUAACCGCUUUAAUAGAGAGCAACUUUUGAAAAUAUGAAACAGAUAAGGCAGAAAAUUCUAAAAGUGAUAUAGGAGUCUAUCAAUAUAUUGAAGACUUAUUUCAUGAUCCUUGUAUGAGAAAAGAAAGGCUUAAUUAGAAAAAGUACACUUAAUUUUCGAAUAAUAAAUUGAUGACAAUUUAGUCUCUAGAAAUACAAAUUUAUGUAAUUUGAUUGUUUAGUUAUUAAUUAGAAAAGAUAAAAGUGGAUAAUGACUUUUUAGAUAUGAAAAGAGAGGAUGUUAAAAUGUAUACUCAAAAAAGACAAGAUUAGAAUGAAACAUUUGCCUAUUAGUUUGCAAAAUUUUAGGAUUUAAAAAAAUAUGUGUUUAACUGA